AUGAAUCCCCGGCCGCGGGCGGCAGACAAGAAGCCGGUCCUCGACGAACAGAAGAGGACAAGGUGCUGUCUGACUCUCCGUGGUGCUGAAGUGCCGCCCGCCGCGAUGUGGUCCGUGUUUUUCGUGUUCCUGUCUUAUCUAGACAGGAACUUUGUGAAAGGCGAAUUCUUAAGCCAAUCUUUAGAUUCCGAAAAAGAGAGCAAAGAGCUCUUUUACAUGCUCAACAACACUCUUUGCGCCAAAAGUUCAGUUGUCGGAGAGUAUCACCUUCACCAGGUCACGGAUGGAGCUGAAGAGGUUCGCUCUGUGCAUGACUCCGAGGGCAGCCUGGUCGACUGCUCAGUGAUCCAAAACGAAAUGCAAGUUAAAUCCUUCAUGCAUGUUUGCAGACUUGGUCUACGAAACCAAAUGAGCUCCGAUUUAAAGAUGAGUUUAACUGGGGUGUCCGAAGCGAAGGCGAACUGUAACAAGUUGAAAUCAAAAGGCGACAGAAACGUGAUCGCGAAAACAAAACAUGCAAAAGAGCCGAACUCUGAUGGAGCGAACAAUAAAAAGACGAGAACCAAGCGAGGCUUCACUUAUCCCGGGACACUUUGGUGUGGUGCAGGAAACAUCGCGGAUCAUUAUGAACAGUUAGGCGAAUUCGAAGAGACCGACAAAUGUUGCCGCGUCCAUGAUCACUGCCCAUACAUCAUCCAUGCAUUCUCCUCCAACUAUGGAUACACCAACUUUAAAUGGCAUUCCCUGAGCCACUGCGACUGCGACAAUGCCUUAAAGGAAUGCCUAAGACUUGUAAAUGACACUUCAUCCCGAGUGGUCGGACAGGCCUUCUUUAAUGUGAUCGAAGCGCCUUGCUUUGAAUUCUCAUUUGAAGAGCAGUGUGUUGAGCGCCAUUGGUAUGGGGUGUGUAAAAAGUAUGACAGAGUUCCCAUUGCAGUGAUUAAAGAAUCGAUCCCGUACGAUUUCGGGGGGAUUGAUGUCAUUGAUGUAUUGUCUAUCGCUCCUCCUAAGGAGAAACAGUCAGACGAAGAAAAGCAGAACAAGACUGAAAGUGCAACACGGUCGACGUUCUCUGAAUCAAAGACCGCCGCCCCUGAAGAGCCCUCGCUUACAAAUGUGGUGACAGCUGCAGAGGAUUUCAUUAAAGUCCUCGCAACAGUCUCCACCUCGCAAAGCUCAUCCACGGACGCAGCUAAAGGAGAAACUCAGGCGUCAGAGAAGAAGAGGAAGAAAAAUUCCGGGAAAAAGAAAAAAGAGAACAAGAAGAAAAGAGGGAAGGGUAAAGGCAGGAAUAAGAAUACAAAACUUGACGGCGUGUUAAAGGUCGAUGAAGGAACGGCCGGAGCGCCGCCGCCGACCGGUCAAACAGAAGAGGUCAUGGGUAAGAACAACUUCAUGGAGGAGGAAUCAGCGAAAAUGAAUCGGUUUAGCAUUAAAGAAAACAAUUUCAUGAACACUGAGCUAGACUCUGUAAACGGGCCGCUUUCUAAUAAGAUGAUGAGAGAUGAUCCUCAGAGGACAAUGAAUGAUAAUCAGGAUGUUUCAAUAAAGCCAGAUAAAGAACCAGAGAUUCUAGAGUACAGACAAGUAAAUGACACAGAGUUAGCCUCGUCCUCUCCUGCAGCAGACUUAGCUGUCCGCGAUAAGAUCAGAGCUAAGCUCAGACAAAGAGGCGGGAAGAAAAAGCAAAGAAAAAACGGUCCGUCCACAGAAGUCACCCGACCUUUUGAGAAAGAAACGCUCUCAACAAGUCCCUCACCCCUCGCAACGCCCGGUGAUACGGUGAUGCAAAGUACACAGUACACAGAAGAAAAGGGACAAGUAGUCGCUACACAAAAUACACCCAUUGUCAGACCCAGAAGGCCAAGUUCAAGGCAGAGAGAGGGAAGAAAAAGAAUGAGGAAAGUCAUUGCUUCCUCUACAGAAGAGCCCCCUCGUGUUAUUAGCUCUCAGGAUCUUCUAUUGUUCACAAGUUCUGCGACUCUCGGGCCAACUGACAUGCCAGAGAGACUGGGGCUAGACCGGCUUGAAAACACAAUGGAAAGCUUCACAUCAUCCUCAACAAAAAACAGACAACAAAGUUUGAAGGACACCAAGGGAAGAAGUGGAAGGCGUGUGAUCAGAAUCUGCUAUGAAGCGGUUUUGCCUGACGUUGAAGACACAACACCCCUCCCCAAUCUGAUGGAAAAGGACACUGCGUUUCAGUUGAAGGAUCCUGAGAUAAAUACGGCAUCAAUGAAUCCCCUUUUACAGACUAACACUCCGCCCAUGGCUACCCGCAGACCUAAGAACACGAAAGUGAAGAGAAUCAGAGAGCGAGGAAACCGAGAAAAGCGUGGAAAAUUGAAGCGAGAGUGAAAUUCAAUAAGCUCCACAUGGUGUGACCUUAUCUUCUAGGCUGCCUUAUGAUAUGCAGCAAUUUUGUUUUAAUAAGCAGCAUGUUUUUACCUACUCUGUUUUUAUAGCUCCAUUGAUGGUAGUCUGACAGAUCGGAUCAGUUUUAUAAAGCAUGUGUUUCUCGACAUGAUUUCUGAAUAAAGUAAAUAAGAGCA